AUGGCCAAAGGGCCGCCCGCGGAGACGCGAGCGCGGCGUGGGGGCGCGCACAGCGAUGGAGUGGCGUCUGAUGCGCAGUCGCAUGCGUCGUCGGUGCCGCUCCUUCUCGCUCUGUGCGUGCUGUGGUACACCAGCUCGGCGCUCACGUCCAACACGAGCAAGAGCCUGCUGUCGCGACCGAAGGUGGCCGGCGAGGUGCUGCCGGGCGCGCCCCUGUUCCCAUACCCUGUGACGCUGACGCUGGUGCAGUUUGUGUUUGUGAACCUGUUUUGCUAUCUCGGCACACGCCGGUCGUUGCUGGGGGAGUUUACGCUGGCGAAGCGGCUCGUGCGCAUUUCGUGGCAGCAGAUGCGCGAGAUUGUGCAGAUCAGCAUCUUCAACGUGCUGGGCCACGCGCUCAGCUCGCUGGCCGUGAGCCACGUUGAGGUGAGCCUGGUGCACACCAUCAAGGCGCUCUCGCCCCUCUUUACCGUGCUGUCGUACGCGCUCUUUUUUCGUGUGCCGUACUCGCUGCGGACCUAUGUGGCGCUUGUGCCGCUUAUGACGGGUGUUGUGCUCGCGUGCAGCUCGCUGUCGAAGAACAAGCGCGAAGAUAUGGUCGGGUUUGCAGCGGCGCUAGGCAGCACACUCAUUGUCGUGGCCCAAAACAUUUAUUCGAAGAAGCUGCUCAAGCCGGCUGUGAGUGCCGCGACGAAUGCACCCGAAAAGCUGGACAAGGUCAACAUCCUGUUCUACUCGAGUGCCUGUUCCGUCGUACUCAUGCUGCCGAUGACGCUGUACUAUGACGUGGGCCACAUGGCCGCGCGGACGGCCCCGGGCGUCGGCCUCUACACUCUGUACCUGCUCGUGUCGAACGGGAUUGUGCACUUUGCGCAGAAUCUGCUGGCCUUCCAGGUGCUGGCCCACGUGUCGCCCGUGACGUACAGCGUCGCCAACCUGUUCAAGCGGGUGUUUGUCAUCCUUGUCGCCAUUGCCUGGUUCGGCCAGCGCGUGACUGCAUGGCAGUGGGUCGGCAUUGCGCUCACGUUCGUGGGCCUAUACCUCUACAACAAUGCAAAGAACGACAAGCCGAAUGCGCCGGACGCGCCGCGCGAGCCCGAGGUGCUGCCGAUGCACCAGCGCUCGGCGAUGCAGACACGCCGCAUCCCAGAUACCAAUGCCAUGGAGCCAGGCGCGCUCCCGCAUCCGACCCAAGUCAAGAUGCGCAUGGCGACGCCGCUCUUUUCGCUGCCACCGCAUCCCUGCCAGCUGCGCCGCCCCCGGGCCUGCCAGAUCGGCACGCAGCUUCUCUUUUGGAACCGCUGGAAUCAGUCGGCCCCGUCGGCGUGGUCCGAUGUCGAGUGGCUGGACGUCGUGUAUGGACGCCAGCGCUACCAGGUGACCCUCCCGCAGAUUCAGGGCGCGCUUACGCUCGGCCACCUGCGCCAGGAACUUGCCGCCGUGUUUUCCCUGCCGGUGCAGCAGGUGCUCGUUGCGUUCCAGGGCCUGUUCCUCAAAGACGACCGCGUGUCACUGCAAGAGUAUGGCCUGCACUCGGGCUCGCGCAUCACCCUCGUCGCCCGCGACGCGUACGUGCAGCAGGCGCAAGCACGCGCCCAAGCAUCGGCACAGGCGCAGGGCACACAGGGCACGCCCCAGGGCGCACCACAGGGCGGAGCCGCGGGCGGACUAUCCGCGCAGGACGCCGAGUCGCUGCCGUCCGCGGCGCCGACGAUGGCGCCCGUUGCACGUGCGGGCGCGGCCCCUGCAGCGCCGCCGGCGCAGGACGCGGGCGCUGGUGCGCCGGGCACCACAGACGCACCCUCGCACCUUGAGCAGAUUGCGCAGGUGAGCCAGCACUGCCAGCGGGACCUGGUGCCAGAGUUGGAGCUCCUGGAAAAGACGAUCGAGGCGCUGCCCGAUGCGCCGCCAGGUAGCCUGCAGUCGCAGGCGCCUCACGACGCGUCAGGCGCCGUAGACGAGGCGUGCAUCCCGCCGCAGCGUAUUCCCCUCACGCAGCGCAAGCUCUCGGAACUGCUCCUACGCGAGCUGCUCAAGCUCGAUGGUAUCCCUACGGACAGCGAGGAGGUGCGCAACACGCGCAAGGCCACCGUCAAGGAGAUCCAGGCGUACCUGGAUCGCGUCGACGCCGCCUGGGGCCGCGCGACCCAGGCCAAGGGCAUUGUCUCGGACGUGUAG